AAUAGUUUUAGUUCCCAAUGCUUUAGCUAGCUGUUGGAGAAUUCCCCCAGUCCCCGCUUUGUUGUCCAUAUUCGUCUUUUUCUACUUGUCUCUCUUCCCUCCCCCAGAUUCACCUCAUUUUUCUCCUCCUCCUCCUCCGCCUUUCCUUUUCUUCAAACUCUCUCUGGUCGAUUCUCUACACUCCCCAAAACAGUACAAAAAACCGUUCUCCAAUCUCACUCCCACUCCCACCAACCCAUUCAUUUCUUCCUCUUCAAAGUUCAACCAAUCAUUGAAAUAACUCGAUGUUUUUUUGAUCAAAAUAAUCAAAUCUCAGGUCCAAAAAGUAGCCUUUCUUUGCUUCAAUGCUUGGUCUCUUCUGAUACUAGCCCACGAGUCUUCCUUGAAGGGAGUAAUCAGAAGGCGAUUAUUGUGUUUUCUGGAUUCUUGAGACCUCGGAAGAUGAGAUUUAGCCUGGGAUGAAGAGGAAGUGAAGGUUUCCAGUGCUGACCACUAAAAUAUUCAUCAAGGAGUCUCUGUCUUAAUUUGUAUAGUUAACUCUUCCCUGUUAACGACCCCACCGUCACUAAGAGUGGAGUUUAGGGGGUCACGUGUUUUGCACGUGAGCGAGCUUUAUGGUUCUCAAUUCCUCGGCCCGUAUUGUGGGGUCCACAGCAUCCAGGCGAAAUUGUCCUUGCGGGAUUUUUUUUCUUAUAAAUGUUUUUCUCCCGUUGAUUAUUACCAGUAACUUUUUUCCCGGUUGGCUCAAAUCUUGAGAAAAGGCAAAGGUUGGGGGGAUCUUCAGGGCCGUUGGAUGGUGAAGUGAAUUUAGUGACAAAAGAUUUGCUGCAGUGAAAUGAUAAAUGGGAAGGGCCCACGUGAUCUUCUUGCAGCAGGAGGGGGAGGAGGAGUAGGGUGACGUGUGAGAGAUGAGGGUAACAGAUGGAUUCGGUGGACAGGUCUGCAGUUACCCCAAAUAAGAGCAAGAGUAGAUUGGCGCGCACGUUUGCUAAGGUUUUGCACAUUCGAGCAGUAACUGGGAUAGCUCCAGAUGAUGGAAUCCAGAAGAUUAAUUCCCCUGAAAAUGUUAAGAGUAAUUUGGUAAAGAACAAAAGCCAUUUGCAGCCAUUUGAUGAUGAGGACGAGAAGCUGUGCAGUAGAGCGGCUACAGAGGCAUUUGUAGCCAAGCUUUUUGCCAGUGUCUCAUCUGUUAAAGCAGCGUACGCCCAGCUUCAAUAUGCUCAGUCUCCUUACGAUCCUGAUGGAAUUCAGACAGCAGAUGAGAUGGUGGUAUCAGAGUUGAAGAAUGUGUCAGAACUGAAGCAAUGUUACUUGAAGAAGCAAAUCGAUGAAUCUUCCCCUGAAACCACUCAGAUCUUGGCCGAAAUUCAGGAGCAGAAGAGCUUGCUGAAAACAUACGAAAUAAUGGGAAAGAAACUAGAUUCGCAGCUCAAACUGAAGGACUCCGAGCUCACAUUUCUCAGAGAGAAACUGGAGGAAGCCAAUAAAGAGAACAAGUUGCUAGAGAAGAGAUUGAAUUCAAGCGGGCAGUUAUCAUCAGCUCUUGAUAACGUUCACUUGUCAAGCUUAAGCCCCAGUCACUUUAUUACAUUUGUUCGGCAGACAAUUAAGUCUAUUCGGAGCUUUGUUCGGUUGCUCAUCAGUGAGAUGGAAUCUGCAGAGUGGGAUCUAGAUGCUGCUGCCAGUUCAAUUGAGCCUGGCGUUGCCUUUUGGAAAAACAGCCAUAAAUGCUAUGCAUUCGAGUCAUUUGUCUGCCGGGAAAUGUUUGAUGGUUUCAAUCAGCCCGACUUCUCAGUUUCAAAUGAAUCUUUGCCUGAGCAGAAGAAACGCCAACGGGUGUUCUUUGAAAGAUUCAGGGAAUUAAAGUCUGUGAAACCAAUGGAUUACCUAGCUUGGAAGCCUAAAUCCGCAUUUGCAAAAUUCUGUCGCGCUAAAUACUUGACACUGAUUCAUCCCAAGAUGGAAACAUCUCUUUUCGGCAAUUUGGACCAGAGAAAUUUAGCGAAUGCAGGGGAAUACCCAGAGACAACGUUUUUUGCUGCGUUUGCAGAGAUGGCGAAGCGCAUUUGGCUACUACAUUGCCUUGCCUUAUCUUUCAAACCGGAAGCCUCAAUCUUUCAAGUGAACAAGAGAAGUAGAUUCUCAGAAGUUUACAUGGAAAGCGUGAGCGAGGAAGCAUUCCUGUCAUCUGAUGGUUCGCCGGAAUCCGAGCCUCGGGUGGCUUUUACGGUAUUUCCAGGGUUUAGGAUAGGCAAAACUGCUGUUCAGUGUCAGGUUUAUCUUUGCUAGUAGAUAUGCAUGGAUGGGGAUCAAAGCAUUUACGCGCCAUCUUGGUCGACCCCAUUAGCGUCAAAAGCCUGAUCUGGAGGCCACCGGCUUCAAUAUUUUUUAUUUUGCACUGUUAAAUUUUGUAGAUUUGACAGAGCCAUGGCUGGUUAUGGGUUCUUUUUGUCCCCCCUUUAAUCUGGAAAGGAAAGCGCGUUGACUGUUUGGUAUGGGACCAAAGUUGCUGAAUCUUCGCUCUGUUUUGGUAAAUAUAAUACUAUGAUAUAUGUUCCUAAGCUUGC